AUGGCGGAAAGAAGAGAGCAAGAGAAGCAGCUCGCCCCGGCCAUCCCCGCCAACUCCAAGCUCAACCCUUUUCCACCGAAAUUCAUAUUACACCGCCACCACCGGUGCCUCAAGUGUUGCGGCUGCUCCGCCGCGCUUCUCCUAAUCCUAGCCGUCACAACACUCAUCCUCAUGCUCACGAUCUUCCACGUGAAGCAUCCAUUGCUCGAGAUCAUCUUGGUCAAAAUCGACGGCCUCAAUUUGCUAUCCAGCAACAACCCGACGCUGGUGGCCGACGUCUCGAUCAAGAACCCCAAUGCGGCGUCGUUCAAGUUCCACGAGGCGGCCACAGAGGUGUACUACGACUGCGCGCUCGUGGGAGAGGGUAGGGCGGCGCCGGGGGAGGCGGGGCACGGAGGGUGGAUGUUUUGGUUGGUUUGUUGGCUGAGAGAUUGGUGGGGGUGUCGAGAUUUGAGAGUGAUUUAG